UUUUAGAGCUGCAACAGGAGACUUUUCCAGGCCAGUGAAAUCUCAAAAUCCAAAGCUUUCAAUAUUUUUCCAUUCCUGUCAUCGUGAAUAGUGUUCCUAUAAUACGGUUCCCUGUAUACACUAUAGUAUCACUUCACUCACACUCUUCUUAGGGUUAGCUAGUUUCACAGAGGGAGAGCUUCAAUUUCUUGUGAAUUUGUGGUGAUUCUACUGUUCAGUCUCUGUAUUCUUUUUCGGAAAAAGAAGAACUUGGACCUAUUUCUGGAGAAAAUCCCACUGAGGGUGUGUCAUAUAGGUGAUUGAUUCUUGGGAAAUGGGUACUAUGAAUCCACAGCCACUGCAAGCACGGCCUUUCGAGGACGGAGAACUGCAACUGGUGCAGGUUCCCAUGCAGGUGGAUGGUGUCGAAGAUGGAUUGAAUGCUCAGUGUGUCAAUGGACGUCGUGACGAGGUCAGUGACGGGGUAGAAGAAGCUCGGGUGAGUUCUGGGUUAUCGGGGACAAAUGGUUGUGCUUUCAAGUCUCGAACCAGUGAACUCACCAUUUCAUUUGAAGGCGAGGUCUAUGUCUUCCCCGCUGUUACGCCGGAAAAGGUACAGGCCGUAUUGCUAUUGUUGGGAGGGUGUGAGAUGUCCAGCCCCUGUAGUGCCCCCAGCGCUGAUCUUUUGCUGCAACAGAACUAUCAGAACAUGAUGGAAAUUAACGAUACUUCCCGGGGUUCAAAGCUUUCACGGAGAUUUGCAUCCCUUGUUAGGUUUAGGGAAAAGCGAAAAGAGAGAUGUUUUGAGAAAAAAAUUCGAUACAGCUGCCGUAAAGAAGUUGCACAGAGGAUGCAUCGUAAGAAUGGACAGUUUGCAUCAUCAAAGGAAUGUGACAGUUCUGCUGCUGAAAACUGGGACUCUAGCAAUGGUGCUGCUUGUUCAGAAUCUAAUGAACGCAAAUGUCAGCAUUGUGGAACUAGUGAAAAGUCUACUCCAGCAAUGCGGCGAGGACCAGCUGGUCCAAGAUCUCUCUGCAAUGCUUGUGGGCUGAUGUGGGCAAAUAAGGGGACUCUGAGGGAUCUCAGCAAAACAGGAAAGGUCUCUUCUUUGGAACAAAAUGAACUGGAUACUUCAGCUGAAAGGAAGCCUUCCAUGACUACACCAGAAAAUUCUUGUCCUGAGCAGAAUGAGGAAGGAAGCCCCAAGGAGACAAAACCUGAGCUGUUGGAAUCUGGACAGUCACCCAAGGGGGCGAAUGGGCAGUAUACACUUGAAACUGCCGAAGCAGUUACUGACAAUUUAUCCAUUCAAGUGGAGAACCUUGAUGUUAAUCUGCAUGAACAGGAUACUCUUGAAGAUCUUGCUGAUGCAUCCGGAACGGAUUUUGAGAUUCCUACAGGUUUUGAUGAGCAGAUUGACAUUGAUGAUUCCAACUUGAAGACCUACUGGUUAUGAGGCGGAGAUAGUGCGAUGCGCCCUCUAUGAGUUUGCCCUGCACCCCAUGUGAGUUUUUCUUGAUGACGACAAUUGCGAGGUGCUGGUUCAGACUAACUUUGCUCUUCCAGAGAUGGCUUCUGUUUUAUAAUGACAAUUUCUGGAAGCGCCGUGGCAUAUGAUUGUAUACAUGCAGUUUUCUUGCACAUUAUAGUUUCUGUAUAUCCUCCCAUCUGUAUCGGAUUUAAUUAUUAUAAUGUGAAUAGUUCAGUUUUUGCCUGCAACUUCUUUUCUCUUCCAUUACUCUUAAUGAUGGUUUGACGUUUUCUUUGUGCCAAAAA